AUGGUGGUGCGAAGCAGCCCUGGCAAGACAGCUUCCAACACACUGCUAGCCAUCCGUCGGUAUCUCUCCAACGCAAGGCUUGAGGGACGAGAGACCAAGUUCAGUAACAGCACUUCACUUGACACUGGAUUUGAUAAUGCAAUUCUCUUCAAGUAUGAGCAAGAGGUUGAGGCUGGUGCCAACGUCACAGCAAGUGCGGGCAUUGAGAUUGUGUGCACUAAGUGCUAUAUCAAAGGCAAAGCCAGUGCUCACCUCACGAUCGACGGCACCUUCAAUGCAACGAAGGUAGCAACUGAAAUUGGAAACGAGUUUGAAGAGACCUUCGACAACAUUACCACAUAUGCCAAGAACUAUGUUUCCGGCGUGAUGGAUAACUUGUCUGACGGCUUAGAUGCUGAUGACUUUGACUUCCCACCACUGAACAUCACGUUUGACCUCGAUCUUGACACCACCUUGUCAGCUGGCUUGUCGUACACGCUCAACCUCUACACAUCAACUACUCCCCUAGGCUCGAAGAUUGGGGACGACUUGCUUCUGGGCGUUGUAUUUUCCAUCGACCUAAUCUUGAGUGUUGAGAGUGAGCUUCAGAUGAGUAGCGGCUUUCACCUUCGGAUGGACGAUGAAGUCGGCUUUGAUAUCGCGCUCUUUUCCAAGAAUGUUUCCAGUGUAAACUUCAAGGGUGGCCAAUUCGAAUUCCUCCCCGUUAUCAUCGAGACCGCCGGCGUGGAGCUCAAAGCCAUUCUCCGCGCAGGCUUUAGUGCCGGCAUUGAGAUCUCGUCUCCCGUCGACAGCAAGGAGAUUGAACUCUUCAACAACACUAUCAAGGUCCCAGGUGCCUCAGCCGGGAUAGAAGUCAGCGUAUUUGCCAACAUUGCUGAAUUGAGCACCGGCGUCACGGCCCUGUCGACUCCAGACGAGGACGGCUGCGUCUUACGGGCCGUCAACGCGUAUCAGUUUGCACUCGGUGCUGCGGCCGGCGCCUCAGUCCAGAUCGGCGACCGCAUCUGGGGUCCGGUGCCCAACACCCAGAUUCCGCUGUUUUACACUACGCUCGGAGACGCCUGUGCCAGCACGCGUGUUCCGACUACAACAGCGACCAAGGAGCUUACCACGACAACGCUGAGUAAGAAGGUGACUUAUACCGGUAUAGAAUGCUUGACUACGGGCUUGAUCAACUGUCCGCCACAACUUCAGACUCUGCGGAAGUUUGUUGCGACGGAGACAUUUAUCACAGCCGUCGCGUCGGGGGUUGAAGCGGUCUUCCCGGUGGCUACGAAGGCUGUUGUCCAAGACGUAGUCAGCUUCGGAUCGAAUGCGCAGCCGUUGAUCUCGAGCAGUGGUGUCCCCAAGGAGUUCACGCCGAGUCCGAGUGCAUCUGCUACUAGUACAAAUCCUCCUGGGGUGCUCGAUGGUGAGGUUGAUGGCGUCGAUAAGAAAAUCAUUGUUGGUGUCAGCAUCGGUGCUGGUGUGAUUUUGAUGGCCGUUGUCGUCGGUGCUUGCAUGUUUUGGCAACGGAAAAGGAGAUACAGCCCCGUUUCAAGGACGAAUGGAGAAGUGACGUAUACUCAAGACUUCCGUCCGUCGGAGUUCCACGACCCCAUCAAGAAUCAGAAGCAGACUCAAGUCAAUAUAGUCGAUGUGCAUGCAAAGUAG